GGCCCCACCCUUUGUGUUGCUUACCGCCAGUCAAUCAAAAUAGAAAAAAAAUCUUGACAGUUAUCACCUAUUUCUACGCGGCUACCAUCAAUACAAACUGCUAGCCAUGUCCGCUUGAGUGUAACGGUCCAAACAAUCCGCCUAAUGGCAAGUCACGCAAUGACUGCGCCAGAACGUCCACUGAAAGCAGAGGAAAUGGCUGCUUUGGACGCGAACAGCAGUCAGAGCGACUUUUUGCAACAUGAAGACGACAGGGGCAAUCAGGACACUGAGUCGUCGUCUCUUGACCUGCUUGCAAGCAGCUGCACUAAGGUUGGGUCACUAGCAUCAGAGGUAACUGCUGAUGUGAAUACAGAUCAGACCUCUACACAGCUGACUGUGUCUGAUAAAUGGGAGGUGUUAACCCCAACCACAGCAGCAAAGGAUGAUUCUGGGAUGAUACAGAUCCAAGGCCAAGGAAUAUUAACGUCAAAUGGACAGUACGUUCUUCCUCUCCAGAGCUUGCAAAGUCAGCCGAUCUUUGUGUCGUCGGGAAAUGACAGCACCUCUGCCAAUUCAGUGCCUAACAUUCAGUACCAAGUCAUUCCUCAGAUUCAGACUGCAGACGGACAGCUGAGCUUUGCCACCGCGGGUAUGGAAGGAACGACACUGAGUCAGGAUGCCACAGGGCAGAUUCAGAUCUUGCCCGAUGGCAGCCAGAGUCUCAGUGUGACGUCAACGGCAAACAUCCUUACAAACAACCAGAGCCUCAUAUCACAGACUGGGAAUGUCCAGCAGAUGCACGGGGUUUCUAUUGGCAGCUCCACCUUCAACAACCAGGGUCAGGUUGUUACUAAUGUGCCUGUGGGUUUGCCGGGGAACAUCACUUUUGUUCCUAUUAACAGUAUAGACUUGGACGCACUCGGCCUAUCGGGAGCCCAGACUAUAGCAACGGGUGUCACCGCUGAUGGCCAGUUAAUCAUGGCCAACCAACAUGGGACUGUCUCAGUGAACCAGGCGAAAACCGACGAUCACCUCUCACAAACGCUAACAGCAAAUGGCGCAAAUGCUGAGCUCUUUGUACCGACGUCUGCCUCCCAGCUACAGAACCCAUCCAGUGAAACAAAUCUCCUGACACAGGACGCCUCGUUGUCAUCGGUGGCAACAGAGCAGGCCAACUUGACUGCCGGCCUCCAAGAAGGCUUUAUCCAACAGACUCAAGAGCAGAACAUCCAGGCGUCAUCUUCUCAGUCCAUCGUCCAGCUGCAGCAGGUGCCAUUGCAGACCAUCAACGGGCAGGUGGUGCAGUCGGUGGCCACCGGCAGCCAGGGUGUGCAAAAUCUGCAGCUAAUCAACCCCGGGACCUUCAUCAUCCAAGCCCAGACAGUAACUCCAUCAGGCCAGAUCCAGUGGCAGACUUUCCAGGUGCAAGGUGUGCAGAACCUGCAAAACCUUCAACUGCCCACCACUCAACCUCAGCAGAUAACACUGGCUCCAGUUCAGACACUUUCACUGGGUUCUAGUCCGGUCAGCAUCAGCACUGGGCAGAUCCCCAACCUGCAAACUGUGACUGUCAACUCAGUGGCACACCAGGAAGGACACACACUCCCAGGAGACAUCCGAAUAAAGGAGGAGCCGGACUCAGGGGAGUGGCAGCUCAGCUCCGACUCCACCCUAAACACCAGUGAUCUGUCCCACCUUCACGUCAGGCUGGUGGACGAGGAGGAGCAGCUGGGACAGGAGGGCAAGAGGCUGCGCAGGGUGGCGUGCACUUGCCCAAACUGCAAAGAUUCUUCUGGAAGAGGAUCCGGUGUAGGGAAGAAGAAACAGCACAUCUGCCACAUCGCAGGCUGUGGGAAAGUGUACGGAAAGACGUCACACCUGCGAGCACACCUGCGCUGGCAUUCAGGGGAGCGACCCUUCGUCUGCAGCUGGAUGUACUGUGGGAAAAGGUUCACGCGCAGUGAUGAGCUGCAGAGACAUAGGAGAACACACACAGGCGAGAAGAAGUUUGUGUGCCCCGAAUGUUCCAAGCGCUUCAUGAGGAGCGACCACUUGGCCAAGCACAUCAAAACACACCAGAACAAAAAAGGUGUAAACUCUGUGAGCGCCGCUGUGACCGCCGUGGAGUCGGCGGGGUCCUCAGACAGCAUCAUCACCACGCCGGGCGGGACCACCCUCAUCCUCACCAACAUCCAGCAGGGCUCCAGCAACGCCCAAGACAUCUUGGCCAACGCAGAGAUUCCCCUGCAGCUUGUCACCACCUUAGCAGCCAGCGAAGUCAUGGAGUGAUUGAUUGACCAUCACCUCAAAGACUCAUGUGACAGCGUGUACUCAUACCUGCAUUUUUAUUCCAGUUUUGAAGACAAUAAAAAUAUGAAUAUAUAUAUAUAUAUACAUAUAUAUAUAUAUAUAUAUAUAUAUAUUUUAACACAAAAAUAGUAAGUCCUGUCCACUCUGCAAUAGAGUGUAAGUAACAGUUUAAAGAGACAUUGCAGUAAUUCCUCAAGGAAAUGCCUUAUUUUGUACAAUAUUGUGUAGUUGCAAGUAUAGGAUGUCCUCAAUCGACUUUGUUAUUAAUGUCUUUUUCACCUUUUCUGACCUUCACUUUAUGUCCCUUUUUCUGUGAGCACCACCAAGCUAAUUUUACCCUGAAAAAGUACUGGUUUUGAUGCAAAUGUAUUUAUGUUAUUUGUUUUUUUCUAUAUGUUGCAUUUUUUUCCCCAGUGUAGGUUGUGUGCUUCCAACUUAGCAAUUCCCACAACCUCUAUUUUUUUGGAGGGCGAAAACAAUCAAAACUUUUCUAUUGUGAUUUGUCCUCAAAAUGACUAACACAUCGGAUCAUGAGCUAUUUUUGAUUCCACAAAUUUUUAUAUUGGGCUCUACCACAAAAGACAACUCUUCAAAAAGCCUUCCCUGUAUCGAAAUGCAUUUUUCUAAAGACUUUUUGGUGAUAGUUGCCAAAUUUGUCUAAAAUCUCAGGGUGAGGUUUGACCAAGUGUAGGGAAUCUCCCCUGUAUCGUCAUUUUGCGGGGCAGGGAUGAUGGACCAAAAGCUGAGAAGAACAACAGCACUACCGUGAUACUUGCGAUCAUUAAUCAUGUUUAUUUGUUUUGUUAUUGAUUUUUUAAACUAACCGAAUCAUCCCAACAGUACAAUUCACAAUCAGUCCAAUGUAGGCGUCUCCAGAGUGUAAAUGUAAUAUUGAUUGUGGUACUUUUCAUUGUUUAACAGCACUGUGGUCAUCACUUGCGUCUUGUAGUGGAUCAUUGUUUGCGUCCCUGUCUGCAAAUCUAUUUGUGAAUUUUCUAACUAUUAUUUUUCCCCCAUUUUGAAUGUCUUUUUUUCUUUCUGACCCCUCCCCUAACUUUUAAAGGAAUAGGCGAUGUUAUCAAAUUAUUUUUGAUAUAUAUUGUCCUCUUCAGCAUCCACACAGCUUCUUGUGUACUUGACGUUUUUACUUAUUUAGACCUCUGUAUAAAUCUUGUCUAUAAUGUCAUUAUAAACAUUUCUGUUACAA